UUCCCGGAGACUGUGCCGAUGAGGGUCGCUGUGUGGCUCUGCCUGUGGGUUUGUGCUGGCGACCCCGCCACCGGCUCCGGCUCCAGCCAGACAUCCCGGGAAGCCGGGGGAGCGUGGGAAACCUCUGCUGGGAAACAUCCCGGGAAUUCUACACAGUGGAGAAAGAGGGACAGAGCCAAGCUGGAGAGGAGCGAGCGACGGCAGGAGAGACACAGCCCACAGAUAUGUCAGGACAAUCAAUAUUAUGACCAGGCAUCGGGCAGGUGCUGCAUGAUGUGCCUGACAGGUUAUUACUGGGUGGCCUCUUGCGACCAGCCAGGUGGCCCUGCCCAAUGCAAGCCAUGUCUCAGUGAGACCUACAUCGCCCACCCCAACUACGAAAAGAAGUGUAGACGUUGCAGAAGCUGUGAUUCUGAACACCAGGUUAUCAAAAACUGCACCUCGACUAAUGACACUGUCUGCGGUUGCCCCAAGGGCAAAUAUCAAAAUUGUGACCAUGAACGCUGUCAAAAUUUCCGCUGCCUGAGCUGCACCUCGUGCCUCCAGCGACAAGUCACCAUCACCUGUUCAGACAGAGCGGACACGAGCUGUGGAGAUUGUCUCCCCGGAUAUCAAAUGAACAGUGACCAGCAGCAGUGCGUGAUUGCCACGAGUCCCCCUGAAGAUCCUGAAGUGCCUAAGGAGAAUCUAGGACUGAAAGUGUGGGUGCCGGCGGGAUUGCUGCCUGUGAUCGUCUUUCUCGUUUUAUUGGUGGUCUGCAGCCAGAGACAGAGGGUGCCACAGGAGCCUUUCACAAUCCCAGUGAUGGAAGAAGGCGAUUGUAAGGGUAUCGAGAAGCAGAUGUUUGUGGAUCUGAACCAAAAACCUGAGUUCCCGACUAACAACAAUAACUACAACAGUCAGUCACCACCACAGGAGCUGGAUUCCAAAGCUGGCCUAUGUCCGGGGCUUGCGGAGGGGCGAGCGCUGUACGAGAUCAUUAACGUGGUGCCUGUGCGGAGGUGGAAGGAGUUUGUGCGUCUGUUGGAGCUGAAGGACUGUGACAUUGAGCGAGUGCAGAUGGACGUGUUGCUGUUCAGGGACCAGCAAUAUGAGAUGCUGCGCUGCUGGGGCCAACAGGCCAAUGCCUCGCUGCAGCUGGUCUUCAACACGCUGGAGGGCAUGGGCCUCGCAGGCUGUGCACAGCAGCUACAGGGGCAGCUCCAACACCAGCCUGGCCUCCUGCCCUGA